GGCGGGGCUGGCGGCUCCGACGCCCUGCGCCGACAUGUGCCAGGCCGGCGAGGACUACGCGGACCCGGCGCCCCGAGAGCCGGCGCCCCCGCCCCGGCCCAGAGGUGAGCAGAAGUGUGUGAAGUGCAAAGAAGGCCUGCCAGUGGUGGUCAUCCGCGCCGGAGAUGCCUUCUGCAGGGACUGCUUCAAGGCACUGUAUGUGCAUAAGUUCAGAGCUAUGCUGGGGAAGAACCGCCUCAUCUUUCCUGGAGAGAAGGUGCUCCUGGCAUGGUCGGGGGGGCCUUCGUCUGGCUCCAUGGUCUGGCAGGUCCUUGAGGGCCUGAGUCAGGAUUCUGCCAAAAGACUGCGCUUUGUGCCGGGAGUCAUCUUUGUUGAUGAGGGAGCAGUCUGUGGCCAGAGCCCGGAAGGCCGAGCAGAAACCCUGGCUGAGGUGCAGCGGAUCCUGCAGAGCGUUGGCUUCCCGUGGCACGUGGUCGCUUUAGAAGAGGUGUUCAGCCUGCCGCCGUCAGUGCUUCGCUGCCCUGCCCGGGAGCCAGGAGGGACGGAGGAGGGCUACAAGGCAGCAGUGGGCAGCUUUCUGCAGCACCAGCUGGGCUCAGAGGGCAGCCGCGGCCCGGCUCAGGGGGGAGAACAGACGUGCCUACCCCACCCAGGCCACACCAGGUCCCCUACAGCUGCGCAGACUGCGGCUCUGUCCAGGCUGUUCAACUCCGUGAAGACAUUGACGGCCAAGGAGGAGCUUCUGCAGACCCUGCGGGCCCACCUGAUCCUGCACGUGGCCCGAGUCCACGGCUACUCCAAGGUGAUGAUGGGGGACAGCUGCACCCGCCUGGCCAUCAAGCUCAUGACCAACCUGGCCCUGGGGAGAGGCGCCUUCCUCGCCUGGGACACAGGCUUCUCGGAUGAGCGGCACGGGGACGUGGUGGUGGUGCGGCCCAUGAGGGACCACACCUUGAAAGAGGUGGUCUUCUACAACCGCCUGUUCGCCGUGCCGUCGGUCUUCACGCCGGCCAUCGACACCAAGGCGCCCGAGAAGGCGAGCAUCCACCGUCUGAUGGAGGCCUUCAUCCUCCGGCUGCAGACCCAGUUCCCCUCCACCAUCAGCACCGUGUACAGGACGAGCGAGAAGCUGGCCAAGUCCCCCAGGGAGGGCUGCGCUGCUGGCCCCCCCGGCUCCCACUGCCUCCUGUGCAUGUGUGCGCUGGACAUCGACACCGACGAUAGUGCCACUGCCUUUGGGGCUCAGACCUCUUUGCGUCGCUCAAAAACACCCCAGGCUGAGUGUGGGACUCCCACUUCACCCUGCUGCAGCAGCCUGAAGCCAGGCAGGGGCCAGGCCUGCUGCGGGUCGGCCUGUGGGAGGGAGGAGGCCCCAGCCUGCGUCACCGAGCAGCUGUGCUACAGCUGUCGGGUCACCAUGAAGGACGUGCCCUCCCAGGACUCGCUGCCCCCCUACAUCCUGGCGGAGGCCCAGUCCCGCAGGCAGAGGGACCUGGUCAUGCAGGAGAUCCAGGAGUACCUGAUUGAGGACAGUGACAGCGAGGCUGAGCAGGGUCAGAGCUGAGCCCGGAGGACACACCUGGCCGGUGUGGGAGGGCCGUCGGCGCAGGGCGGGAGUCAGGGCAGGAUGGGCCUGGCCCACCAUUGUC